UUUUGGGUACAUCAAGCGGUGAAAGGACGUGCAAGUCAUGGAAGAUGAACGCAAAGACAAAAACGAACACGCAACAAAAUCUGACAACUCACGGACCCAAUUAAAAGUCCUUAUUGUGGAUGAUGUUAAGGUUGUUCGAAUGACUCACAAAAUGCUGUUGGAGAGAGUUGGGAUAAAAGAUCACAUUGCUGUUGAAAAUGGCAAAGAAGCAGUUGAACUUCACAACAAUGGUCAAAGUUUUGACCUGAUUCUCAUGGAUAAGGACAUGCCUGUCAUGAAUGGAAUUGAGGCAACAAGGACACUUCGUUCUAUGGGCAUUAGUUGCAAGAUCAUUGGUGUGUCGUCAUCAACCUGCAAUCAGAAAUAUGUACAAGAAUUCGUCGAAGCAGGGCUAAAUGGCUUCUACACGAAACCCUUGACUGUUAAAAUGCUUGGUGAAAUUCUUGAAAAGGUUAAGUCAUGAAAAAUCUAAAACUUUGUGUAGUGGAUACAGUGCAAGUAAAAAAAGGUCAGUUUUUUAGUUAGUACUGUGAACGACAGAGUAUGUAU